AUGAUCAAUCUUCAGACUUCCUUCCUCGGUUCAAUGUCCGUUGUAUCGCACAUCCUUGAUCUACGCUACAGCGAUCCAAGCUACCCCCUGCAGGUAGUGGCUCGCAGGUUUACACCCAAACCACCAACUUCGUCGGGAGAUAACGUCAAGCAGAUAUCGCUCCUGCUCGCUCAUGCGGUAGGCUUGAGCACCGAGCACUAUAUCCCCUUUAUCAAGCGGCUCUUCGAGGCUUGUAACGAGGCAAGACCUCACGAUGUCCACAUUCGCUCUCUUUGGGUCGUAGACAGCCCGAAUCACGGGGAUGCUGCUCUUCUGAACACAUCGAUCCUCGAGACACAGUUCUCAUCGAAGUUUCCAUGCAAGACGUACUCUGAGGCUAUCACGCAGGUGGUACAGCAUCUGCUGAGUCCGGAGGAGCGCCUUGAGCUCAUCGGACUGGGCCAUUCGGCGGGCUCAGGGGUUAUAGUGGGGACGGCGCUUGAUUGCCCAAGUCCAUUUAAAUAUCAUAUAUUCAUUGAACCAGGCUUUUGGACUGCCGCUGCAAAUCCUAUCUGGGACGUGGUGAUGGCUCGACUUCAACAACUUUCGAAGUAUCGCAAGCCAAGUUGGCCCACUAUAAAGGAAGCAAUGAACGACUUAACGCAGCAGAAGCCCUACAGCACCUUCAGCGCGGAGGUUCUUGAUCUGAUGCAGGAUACCUCGUUUGUAGAGAGUCCUCAGGGCGGAGUUACUACAAAGACGUCAAUCAGUCGCGAGAUGGCUAGUAUGAACUCCUAUGAUGAAGGUGUCGUGCUCUCCGAGCUUGCAGUCGACCUGUCCAAGUCAAUACCGACGUACAUGCUUCAAGGAGAGCGCCGAGACUUCUGGCCUAAGCCACUCAACUCCGUUAUUGAGGCGACGGUGAGCGGCAACAGUGCUUCAAUGCGUUCCGUGCAGGUAAUCCCUGUCUGUAGCCACUACCCUCCUCAAGAGAACGUCGGUGUGACGGCAAAGAUGGUGUUGGAUAUUCUGAUCAGUAUUCAAUCUUCUGCGCAAGCUACGAGGUUGUAG